AUGGCUUUAGUGGCGAAUCCCCUGGUCUUCCCGCCGACACAAACAGAAAUAACAUACGCGUCGCCUGUAUAUCGACGCUCUAGCGAUUCACAGAGUGUUCGAUCGCGGCGUACAGGUCGUUCUUCGAGCGACAGUAGUACACGUGCGUGGGACGGGUUCAUCGAGGAAGACUUACGUGCUGGAGGCCCCUACCUACCAGAGCCUCCCUGCCACACAUCGUUCCCCAAGUCUGGACGCUCACCCAUUCCAGAUAAUGCGCAGGCCUCCUUGAUGGAUGGAAUCAUCAACCUGGGUCGCCGGGAAGGCAUCAGGAUCGAAGAGAUCCAGUUUUGUUUCCGCAGCUCAAUGCACGAUAGCAGCAGUGCGUCCAAGUUCACCUGCAAGCUUCUGGCCACUAAGCAGCAUCUUGGUCAACCAUGGAUUGGAUUCGCUCGCAAGGUCCGUGAGUACUUGCACCAGCAGGGCGUCAACAACAUAGCAGUAGAGAUGCUCGAUCCUCGGUUUUUCAACCCCCUCUCCAUCGCCCCCUGCACUCCUUCGGACGCGAUUUUUCAUAGGUGGAAUGAGGUCCUGAACACAAUCGAACACAAGGUCUCUCUGCGUGGCAUAAACACCAUCAGUUGCCACCGGAUCGGAAUGUCGCGAAAUUCGAUGUGUCCAAUGGUGAUCCUGGGUGUCGAUCACAAGGAGACCCGCAAUUGGACACACGCCCGAGAGAAUAUUGUGGAUAUUCUGAAAACUUUUGGCCUUACGCAGGUCGGCGUGCUGGUCCAGAAAAACACCUCGCAGCUUAUGCUAGAGGCGUACGCGGGCCCAGCAAUGAGCCGCAUGACUGAAACUGGAGCUGCCAGGAUCGGUAUGAGCCUGGCUUUGAGCAACGAAGCGGAGCGCCGUUCGACUGUUGGUGCUUAUGUAGAAGUACAGAACCCCAAAAACAAACAGUGGCUGCCCAUGGUCUUGACGUGCAUGCACUGUGUUCUCCCGGUACCUGAUCAGAAAAUCCCAGCUGCGGAUAAACUCGUUUAUGAUCGCUUUCGCCAACAUGGCGUUGGAUUCAACGACGAUAAAGCUCUACUAUGGGUAGACAGCCCCUCCAUCAGCGAAGUCAAUGAAAAGAUCCAGGAUUUGAGGAAGGACUUAGAGGAGCGCCAGAGAAACCCUGUCUACCAGGCGGUCGAGCUAGACCAGGAAAAUAAAGUGGGCUACAAUUCGUUGGAAGAGCGUACGUGGAGACGGGUGAAACAAGAGAUGAAGGAUAUUCAAUCGAAGAUAGACCGGUUGGAGACUGACCGAAAGAAUGGAAAGUUUCGCUUGGGACAGGUGUUUGCCGGUUCGGGCCUGCGAAACAAGCGACUCAAUACCAUCAAGCUCAAAAAUCCGGAGUCGACACGCCCCUCGAUUAUGGAUUGGGCCCUUAUCCGCCUUGUGGGCCGCGCUACAGGUCAUAACACGUCAUCGGACUUGAAAAUUGAGUCGCACCGUUUCACCACGCUUGCCACUGUUGCUUCUCCACCAUACGAGCACCGGCUAUACAAACUCGGUCAUACCACAGGGUUCACGCAGGGGGUGCACAACAAUCUUCUGUUUGCCAACGUAGCGAGAGAUGCGGCUGGCGAGAUCAUCGUAACGCAUGAGCAAAGUUUUAUCAGUCGCGAAACCAGCAAAUCCGUGAUCGCCCCCGGGGAUUCUGGAGCCCUUGUUUGCGAUAGCCAGGGCGAGGUUUGGGGCGUGGCUUUUGGGGGUGACGGGCAGGGCCAAACCGGGUACUUUACUCAUAUUCUCGACCUAUUUGAAGACAUUAAGUCGGUCCUGGGAACGGAAAUUCGCGUGAUGGGGCUAGAUUGA